GGGAGCGCGUCGGCGGGCGGUGCCGCUGGGCCCUGCUCGGCCCCUCGGCGUGGACGCCGGUAGAAGAAUACAUGUUCACCUUCAGUGAACAAGAGCAUGUUCCCAAACUCAAUUUUGGGUCCUCCCUUCACUCCAAACCACCAACAGCAUAAUAACUUCUUUGCUCUUGCAAUAUAUUAAGUAUGUAUUGUGUCAUUAUUGAAUUCAGCAUUUGAGAAAUAUUAUUAAACUCUCUUUUCUAGAGCUUGUGACCUUACAGCCCCUGACAUAUGGAACUGUCAUCCAAUACAGACCUCGACAUCCCCAUUAUUUCGAGGAAGGAAAAUAAUGUCCGAGGAGCAGUCUUUCCCUCUUGAUGGUAAACGGCAGCGCUUCAUUCGCCCACCAAGAGCCAACUAUAAUUACCAGAUAGUGCCUUUAUCAGGACGAAGAUACUCCAUGCCACCAUUGUACACACACUAUGUACCAGAUGUAGUACGAUGUGUUCCACCUCUUCGAAGAAUCACUGUUGAACCUAGAGAAAUCACACUGCCUGAGGCCAAAGAUAAGUUGAGUCAGCAGAUACUAGUUUUUGAAACUUGUCAGCAGCAAGCAAGUGACUUGAAGAAGAAAGAACUCUGUAGAGCACAGCUGCAGAGAGAGAUCCAGCUGCUGUUCCACGUACAAAGCAGACUUUUUUUGGUUGGAUCAUCUUUAAAUGGAUUUGGUGCCCGGAGCAGUGAUGGCGAUUUAUGCUUAGUUGUUAAAGAGGAACCAGUAAAUCAGAAGACUGAAGCACGCCAUAUACUCACCUUAGUCCAUAAACACUUCUGUACUAGACUUUCUGGCUACAUUGAGAGACCUCAGCUGAUUCGUGCAAAAGUGCCAAUUGUGAAGUUCAGGGAUAAAGUCAGUUGUGUGGAAUUUGACUUAAAUGUAAACAAUACCGUUGGAAUUAGAAACACAUUCCUUCUCAGAACUUAUGCCUACCUGGAAAAUCGAGUUCGUCCGUUAGUGCUGGUGAUUAAGAAGUGGGCAAGUCACCAUGAUAUAAACGAUGCCAGUCGCGGUACUUUAAGCAGCUACAGUCUUGUACUGAUGGUUUUGCACUACUUAACAACCCUACCUGAACCCAUCCUUCCAUCCCUCCAAAAAAUUUACCCAGAGUCUUUUAGUACUUCUGUACAGCUGCACCUUGUACAUCAUACUCCAUGUAAUGUUCCUCCUUACCUCUCAAAGAAUGAAUCAAGUCGGGACCUCUUACUGGGCUUUCUUAAAUAUUAUGCUACAGAAUUUGAUUGGAACACGCAGAUGAUCUCAGUUCGUGAAGCCAAAGCCAUCCCGAGGCCUGAAGACAUUGAAUGGAGAAAUAAAUACAUCUGUGUUGAAGAACCUUUUGAUGGAACUAAUACCGCCAGAGCUGUGCAUGAAAAGCAGAAAUUUGAUAUGAUCAAGGAUCAGUUUUUAAAGUCCUGGCAGAGAUUGAAAAACAGAAGAGAUCUGAACAGUGUUCUGCCUUUGAGAGCUGCUACCCUGAAGAGAUAG